AUGACUGCUCGGAUAGGCUCCAGUGACCCAAACAUAUUUCUGCCUUCUACUACUGCACCCAUAAUUACAACCACCACCUCCAUCACCACUGUUGGUCAGACAGUGAAGGGAACAUUCACUCCUCCACAAACUCUUCCCACUUCUGUUCCGUCCACCUAUCCAGUGUCUCUCCUGGUUCUGGGAGCGGUGCUCUUCCUGGCCUUAGUGCUUCUGGUUGUGCUGUUUUACCAGAACAGAGUGCUCAGGAGAGUGCUCUCUAAGAGGAGGCGUAAGACUCUGACUGAGGCAGUCUAUGAGGAGAUCGACCGCAGACACAUCACUAAAAGAAAUGACUUGACUCCACAAGGCAGUAUCCUCUCUAAAGAACAGCAUUCAGGAUAUGAGGAUGUGGAUGAGGAGCUUCUCUCAGGUGAACCACCAAAAGAGGACACAGAAAAGAGCUAUGAUGAUGUCAUCACUGCUGGACAGAUCUCUAAAAGUGUAGCAGGCAGUAUCCUCUCUAAAGAACAGCAUUCAGGAUAUGAGGAUGUGGAUGAGGAGCUUCUCUCAGGUGAACCACCAAAAGAGGACACAGAAAAGAGCUAUGAUGAUGUCAUCACUGCUGGACAGAUCUCUAAAAGUGUAGCAGAGAAUGUAGCAGAGAAUUAUGAUGAGGUCAUCACUGCUGACCAGAGCUCAGCUGUUGUGACAGCUUUACACAUGGUGUGUACUGGCCAGCAUGAGGUCACAGCUCAGACCCUGUUGCAACCUGAACUCAUGGAUACAGAGGACAGCACAGGCACAAUGGCCAGACAGCUCGCUAAGAAACCAGACAUAACCAGAGUGUUCGAGAGCCCUGAAGAGAUACAGCCUUGA